GUUUCCUGCCGGUUUAUUAACGAUGUCAAGGCGCUCGCCUUGAUCGGGGUAUGUGACGGUGAAACGCCCGGAACGCGAGCGUCGUUUCGAGAUAUCGAACAGGCGCGCGAUUUUUGCGCAACGGGACCGAGACCGAGACCGCGCCGCCGCGUCGUUCACUUCGAGGAGGCCACCAACUUCCGGAGUGCUCCGAGCUGCUCCGAGCCCCAGCAGACGACGCGACGACGGAACGUCAACGUGCUGCUAACAUGGCGUCCGCAACGUCGUAGUGCCUAACCCCCCGAGGUAUCCGAUUGUCUCUGUAGAAGCGAAAUAUAAGUGUCAUUUCGUUACGGAGGGACCGAGAGUAAAUAGUUCUAAGUCGGCGAUAGUCGGUGGAAGGUCGUCACUCUUGACAUUCGCUUGCGCAUUUCCGUACCUCUACUGAUGGAUGACGACACGAUCGCUUUCGGAGAGGAGGAGGAGGCCGCUCAGAAUUCCAACAAGCUUAAACACCCGUACGUUACGCUGUUUCACUUGGCCUUCAGGAUAGCGGCUAUAAUAGUUUAUUUGCUUUGCGGUUUGUUUUCCAAUAGUUUCAUAGCGAGCUUUGUAACAGUGGUCCUACUUUUGUCAAUGGAUUUUUGGACGGUUAAAAAUAUUACGGGAAGAUUAAUGGUCGGCCUUAGAUGGUGGAAUUAUGUGGAUGACGAUGGCAAAAGCCACUGGGUGUUCGAAUCUAAAAAGGGUGCACAACAGAACCGCAUUAAUGCAACAGAGGCGCGAAUCUUUUGGUUUGCCCUGAUCGUGUGUCCACUCUUUUGGUCAAUACUAUUCAUCGCAGCGUUAUUUGGCUUUAAAUUCAAAUGGCUCUUGCUCGUUUGCAUUGCCAUAGUUUUAAAUGGCGCGAACCUAUACGGCUAUAUAAAAUGUAAAAUGGGAAAUGAUCAAAACAUUUCAGCGGCCACAAGUGAUUUCAUCAGGAAACAAGUGUUGCAAAAUGUUACUUCAAUAAUGACGAGGAGCCCACCAACGAAUAAUUCCAAUCAACCAACUAAUGUAAUAUAGAUUUAUAAAUUUCGAAAUAUUAAUAUAUGUGUGCAUGUGUCAUUUAAAAUUUAUAUCAUACAAUAAUUUAAUAUUUGCAAAUGUUUGUAUAUAACGUUAGACAGUAUCUUUUAAGUAUUAUAUAAUAAAUCGUUAUCAAUCUUCAAGCUCUA